UCUUCAAAGUGUUUCAGUAUAUAUAGUAUAUUGUUAAACAAUUAUCGUUCUGUAGCAAUAGUAAUUUCUACGCCAUUCCAGGCCACUGAUCUUUCUUUUCAUUUAAAAUGUUUUAUUUUUAGUUUUAUGUGGGUGCAGUAUAGUGUAUAGUGCAAGAGUUUUAUGGAUGAAAUCGAGUAUGACGUAAAAAAAAACUGAAAAACAAUAGUUUACUGCAUAAUGUUUAUUUAAGAGAUGCGAGUGAAUAAAAUAAUAAUAAUAAUAAUUUGUUAAACCGUGGCUGGUUUCCACGAAGCACCAAGUAAAGCGUCAAUAGCGCGAAUGUUGCAGUCUUUCAGUAAUCCAGUAGUAUUUCGGAUUACUUUUAAUUAAUCAUAGUUAUUAAUAUGAUUGUAAGAGUUAUAAUGUAUUAUUUAUUGUCAUUGCAAAGAUACUGUACACUACAUUCAACUGGCAUGAAUUUAAUGAUUGACAGUAUAGACCUUUAAUUUUAUGUAGGCCUACUUUGAGAAACAUAACUAAUGAAUCUCAGUAGAGGACUGAUAUUCAUAAUAGUACGGAUUCCACAACUGCUGAGGCCUGCAACGGCCUAUAAAUGUAGUUUAUACAUGAACAAAUGGGAACUCAUAGGAUACAGGUAAAAUAUAAGCUAUAUGCCUCGAAGUCGCUUUGGAUAAAAGCGACGGCAUUUAUUCAAAUGUGAAAAAAAUCAGUCUACAUAAAUGUUAAGGCAUGAUCACUGGGUGAACGUGUGAUAAAUGUGAAGAGUAAAAUGUUAGUUAGAAUAUAAUUUAAGUGCAAUAUACACAGAGUUAUUAUCUUGAUAAAGCAGCCCACAAAUUGUUGUUUUAUUGUUUGAUUGACAGGUUAUUUAAUGGUUAUUAAAAAAUCUUUGAAAAGCAAAAAAAAAAAAAAAAAAAAAAAAAAAAAAAAAAAACGAGUCCCUUCUACACAACACAAACUUUUUUGUAGCCUUUAAAACAGGAUUUUAUUAUUACAAUAUUUCAUUAUUUAUUUAAAACAUUUCAGCACCUUUUAAACUGGGUCUUCUCACUGACCUUGAGACGUAUUGUCAUACUAGACCUUGACUUUAAGAGGUCUCAUAAAAAAAAAAAAAAAAAACUUGCCACCAAUUCAUUAAGCUGCAUCGCCACCUACCGGUUAGCAUGUGCCUUGCAUUAAGAUCAAAUUCACUUCUGCAUUAAAAAAGUAAACCAUUCUAAGAAUUCAACAGCUAUGAACAUUUAAUAGAGAAUAUGGCGCUGUAAGUUAUGAAUAAAUAUGUAAUAUGCAGUCAUAAAUGAAAGGGGGAAAAGUGUAAUAUAGGCAUAGAGUUAAAAAGUUACAUUCACACUUCUGUUGAUCAGAAAAUAAAAGGUUGCUCUCAUGGUAACAUGUAACUGUUUUACGUUUUGCCCAUGAUGGCGAAUUCAUACGAAGGGUUUAACAACAGCAGUACUUAAACGGCAGUACUUUAAAUAUUUUUUUAUAGUCCUCCGUCAUGCUGUUUUCAGCUUUUAAAAGCGACGCAUUUUCAUAAAAUUAUCUGCCUGGUGUAUUUGGGACAAUUAAAUUCAAAUUAGACUAUGACAAUCAGUUUUACUGCUGCUUUUAAAUGCACUUGGACUUGUAUUUGGUAAAUCCGCUUCUGUACUUUGACCUUGAACUAUACUGAUGUAGGCUACCAUAUAAUUUUCAUGUACACAUUAUUAUUCUUAAAAUAAUAAUAAUUAUUAUUUUAAGGUUGAACAUUAUUGGGUUCUGUGUUGUCAGUACGCAACAGAAUGUGAAUGUCUUAACCUUUAAAAUGGGAUUGCUUUUUCAUGAAUUUACUGGACCCGUAAAAUGUGGGAGGUUGUACUGUCUCCAUUCUUUCCGGAAAUUGCCUGUUUACAAUAGUCAUUUGCCUGCACGUGCGUAUAUGUGCACAUUCUUUAAACCGUGUUUGGAUCAUCUGGACAAAUCUACGGAGGUAAGAUAAAAUAUAACUUGCACAUCUUGCACUAUAGAAUUUGAGAGACAGACUACAACAAUAAUCCGAUAUCCAAAAUAAUGUUUAGUUUCUUGCAACAAUAGCUCGGCAUCUCAAGACAGCCGACUUAAAUGUUUGCCUAGAAAAUAAACUGAAUCGAAUGAAGAUAUUGGCCACUCAAUAACAAAAUGUUGAAAAUAUGGAAUUUUUGGCAUUGGAUCUCUAUCAAAAGUUUAAAUAUUGCUCACAGAAGAUCAAAACCUUUUUCAACAAAAAUAUGUUAGCAUGCGUUUGUAAGCCUAAAAUAUUUUUUAAACCGGCCACGUUGAAUAAAACACGAACGCAGCUCCUUUAAAAGACUAUGUAGCCGUACUAGCAGUAAUGCAUUAUUGUAUUGUAUGUUUUUCCCCCAUUACAAAUUUAGGAAUAUGCCCUAUCCCCAUUUUGUAUUGUGUGUGUGUGUGUGUGUGUGUGUGUGUUUAAAAAAAUGUUUAACAGGAAGUUAUAUUGUAACAGAACGUCACACUGACAUUUUAAGUCCCUAUGUUGAAUAGAUUCGAACACUUGAAAUAAAGCAUGUUUGCCCCCGUGAGCCAAAGGCCUACCAGGACUCUCACUCGCUGUAGCCUUCUUUAUUUAUCAACGCUAUUAUUUAAUGCACUUUAUUAAGUAAGAUAUUCUAAAGAACUGACCGUUUUAGGAUUUUCUUUUCUAUUCUUUUUAUUUUUACUUUAUGUAUUUGCUUUUUCAACCUAUAUUUCACAAAAAUAGCGAAGCAUGCGAUACCCGGACCCUCUUUUACAUUAUGUAACAAAAUUCAUACUUUGAAAUGAAUGGACAAGAAAUUGCUUGGGAUAUCUGCAAAAACUCUUUGUUAUUUCAUAUGCGUUUAAUGCAAUGCCUAUUUCUGACUUUGCAGCGCUACUGUCACAUGGGCGUGGCUAAACGUUUUACUUUGCAUAUCACGUGAUGGUGCAUUAACGAAUCAACAAUUACCUUGCUCGUAUUCUUUAGGGGUAACUAAAACCGGUGUUAAGAAACGUUCGGGCAAGUUCGUCAAAAAUGUGUGAGCACAAUCUUCUUAGUUCUGGGUAUGUUGCUCCCCUAUUGAAUUUUCACUCUCCCGACUCCCUGUACCUCCAAAACUUGCGAGGCACUGGAGUCCAUUUAUCUGGGCUUCCCCAGAUGUCCUACAGUAGACGAGAGGUGUGCUCGCUCCCGUGGAGUUCUCCCAAUUCGUGCACUAUUCCGUCCCAGAGCCGCGCCUACAGUGGCUACUCUCAGCCGUUCUUUAGCAAUUCAGCCGCUGUGAGCGCUAGCCUCAACACUUACAAAAAGGGAUCACUGGAGGAAUCCGGGAGGUACUACUUUCAAGAUGUCAGCCACAAAUCAGAGGAGCCUGGACGACCUAAUGUAGCUUACACAAGUGAACAGAGAAUCACUGGCUCUGCCAGCAACGAAGUUUCAAACUCGGAAAGGCGACAGCAGAACAGGGUUGCACAGAAUGAACUGAACUUCAUUGAGCAGCCAGUGACUGGUGCUUCAACGCAGUCUGUCGGCCCCAACGCUCCAUUUCAACCAUCACUGAACACCCAGACUGUCAGAUCAGCUUUCUCCGAUGGAUUGCCGUGGUGUCCCUCACAGGUGAUGACAUCAUCCAUACAAGAUACUUUUCUUAUGGAGACCCAAGUCCACCAAACCCUUCUAUCUGAAAACGAUUAUCUCCCGACCACUUAUGAGAUGUCAUUUAAUAUUGAAACUGAAUAUUUUGCAAUGUAUAUUCAUUUGCCAAAAACUUGUAUGCAGAAUUUGUAUGUCUGGUGUUUUUUUUUUUUUUUUAAUUGUGGAAAAAUUAUAAUUCCAAAGUUGUAAUGUUAGCCAUGUAAAAAGAUUUGUUUUGUAGUUUAGAACUAGAGCAAAUUUAGAGUAUACACGUGUAUAUUGGAUUCAUAACACAAUCUGUCAUCAUGUACACUGGGCAGCUUAUAUAGCUAAAUUAAUGGAGUCGUGAAAUUUUCAGACGUUCCAACCUUUCUAAUCAUUUUGAAAAAACCUCAUUUGUAUCUUCCGAUCUAAAAACGUAAGUUUUGUUUUUGUUGCAUUUUAACAAAAAUUGUUGUGUAAUAUUUAUUAAGUGUUCUGUAGAUUCUGUAUUAUAUUAAACUUCUGUGUUCUUGUGCGAUAAUUGUCUGAUUUGCUGGGUGAUUUAAAAUGCUCUAAUAAAAAGCAGUGGUGCCUCCAGUCCAAGCUCCAGUUCGUUUGUUAAUACCCAAACUCCGGUGUGCAGAUAUCUUUAUUCUGUGACUCUCCGUCAUUUAUUAUUAUUAUUAUUAUUAUUAUUCUCAAAUUAUAUAUAAUCGAAUUAAACUGAACUUUAACGAGCAAACAAAGUGCUGUAACUCUGCGUUAUGGUGUAUAAGUCAAAAGAGGAACUGGACAACUAAACAAUUCAUUAUUGUUUAGUCGCCCCUACAAUAUAGUAGCCUAUUUACUUUUGUAGAUAUAUAGUAAAAUUUUAUUAAUUUAGCUUUUUAAAAUGUUUGCACUGAUAAAUUAGUUCAAAUUACUACCAUAAUGUUCGUAUUUCUAGAAAUAAACUUGCUGAUUAUUCAUUGGAAUAAUGAUUGGGUUAUUUAUUUUGAAAAGAGUGUAUACAGAACUCACAGAGUGUAUACAGAAGACAAAACUUGCCUAUACGAAACAUAAAAAAUAAAUAAAUAUAAAUCCUAUUUUAAUAUCAGCAUGACAAACCAGUGACGUGGACAUAAAGGUUUGUUGUAUAGGCUUUGCAACCCCCCCC